CUUUUAUUGUACUGAGAGCCUAACCCUAAUCUCAGUAACAGACGCAGCUCACACACAGACGCAGAGAGAGAGAGAGAGAAGCGAAGAUGAGUCGUGGGGCGGCAGCUGGGACGAAGGGGAAGAAGAAGGGGGCUUCCUUUGUGAUAGACUGCGCGAAGCCAGUGGAGGAUAAGAUCAUGGACAUCGCCUCACUGGAAAAGUUCCUCCAGGAGCGCAUCAAGGUCGGCGGCAAGGCCGGUGCUCUCGGUGACGCCGUCACUGUCUCACGUGAGAAGAACAAGAUCACCGUCACCUCUGACUCCAACUUCUCUAAGAGGUAUCUUAAAUACUUGACCAAGAAGUACUUGAAGAAGCACAAUGUGAGGGAUUGGCUUCGCGUAAUUGCUUCCAACAAGGACCGCGGUGUUUAUGAGUUGAGAUACUUCAACAUUGCUGAGAACGAGGGAGAGGAGGAAGACUGAAAACCUAGUCUCCUUUUUUGUGGCAUUACCCUUUGAGCUUAGUAGUUCUAGAGGACAAUCUUUUGUUUUUCACCUGCUUAUCUAUCGACUUUAUUUUGGCUUGUUUCAUGAUUGAUACCCACUAUGAAAUUAAGCUUCUUUUGAGUAUUCGGUCUGAAAUUUAGAAUCUCGUUCACAUUGUCUAUGUGGGUGAUACAAUACAUUUUUCAUUCAGGUACUUGAUUAUGGUGGAUUGAUAAUUUUUUGA